UGUGCGGUGCGACGAAUGACGCUAGACUGGGCAGACAGUUGAUUCUUCGAAGUGUUGGCGAGUUGUUGUUCGUUCCGAGUUGUCAAACGGACGGUCCGUUCGCCCAUGGCCCUAACUGGAAUUAAUGUAUGCACCCAAUGUCCUUUAGACAUCCAGAAAACUUCGCAAUGGAUUUCCAGGAUUUCCAAUGGAUUUGCAAUCACCAGAGCCGUUCGAAAUUGUGUAAACAAAACAUUUUUACAUGUAGAAGGAAUUUAUCCAUUGCAAUAUUAAUAGCCACAGCUGGAGUCUUAUCUUUAAUAUCCAAAGCUGAGGCUAAUGAUCAAAAUGCACCUCCAAUUUUAUAUGUACGUGAACGCAACUGGCGUAUUUCAGAAGCAGAAAAAGUGGGACAAAUAAUAGAUAGUGUCCGUGCCGAGGAUCCCGAUGGUGAUGAGUUGAUAUUUGGUAUUGAGCCGCGCUUUCUGCCUCCACAAGGAAGUGACGUAGGGGCUAGCACACCGGAGAAAUUGCCAUUUCAUAUUGAUUCACAAACUGGUGUUGUCUAUCUUAAUGAAAGCCUGAUGGGUCGUGCCGGCCAGAACUUUCUCAUAUACAUAACUGUCACCGAUGGACUCUACACAGCGAAAAAUGAAGUUUUUAUCAACAUAUUGGGUCAGCGGGAGAAUAUGUAUGGCUAUCGACCGCAGACAUCUAUCUCGAAUGUGGUACACAACAUUUCGCAGUUUCUUCCCUCUUUUGAUCAACUGCCCGGCGUUCAGUCUAUCAGGAAUGGACUGCCAAACAACCGGCCUGCUUUCAAUUUUUCGCCUGGUCCUCAUGGAAGCAACAGUGGUAUACCUUUCGGUAACUUUUACCCACGUUUUCCGAGCUCCAAUGACAGAACAGAAGCUAGCUCUGAGGAAAAAAAAGAGACAACGGCCCCAACGAUAUUAGGCUCAUCGACGGAGAAAAGUCGUACCAAACUCACUCCCAUAGUAGAUAAUACUUCCACUAGGCCACAAGAAACAUCGACAAAGACGCUGCAAGAUGGGAGUGGGAAUACCAUAACCAUUUUUUCAAUAAAGUCUACCACCAUUCCAAUUGUUGUCACUAUUUGCGGCUUCGUUGCAACUGUUUCUGUCUUCCUCGGCUACAUUUGUCGUCAUCGGCUUUGCGCUAUUAGUAAAACCCUCAAGAAAUCAAAGGAGAAGGAAGAGCUGGCAAAGAAAUCUAAUCAGAGCCAAACAAUAAACACGCUGAGUGAUGAUGGACGCAAUUCAAUUGUAAUGCAGCAGUGGCAAGGGCCAGUCGCCUUUGCCAAUCGCUAUGUUGCUUGGGAGCUGGACCAACCGAUUCCGACAGUUGCAACGUCACAAUUAUCAACUAGUGUGAUAAACAGUUCUGAUGCUUCUGCUAUCGGGCCUGACCCGGUAGUAAACUUAAUGCCAGUGACUCUUAGGUCGGGAAACAGUUCAGUGGCACCGGAAAAUGGCUUGGUCGUCGAUACCAACAGUGAUCGCUGGGAAUUCCCAAGAUACCGACUGAAGUUCUUUAACAUAUUGGGCGAAGGUGCUUUCGGGCAAGUUUGGCGCUGUGAAGCCACAGACAUAAAUGGUUUUGAAGGCAUUACCACUGUUGCCGUAAAAACCCUAAAGGAAAGCGCCACUGAAGUUGAUCGAAAGGAUCUAUUGUCCGAGUUAGAGGUAAUGAAGUCGCUGGAGCCCCAUGUCAAUGUUGUUCGACUAUUGGGCUGCUGCACGGACAAAGAUCCGACAUUUGUUAUAAUUGAGUACGUAAAUCGAGGGAAGUUACAAUCAUAUUUACGAAACUCAAGGGCCGAACGACACUAUGGGAAUACACAUGGAAAAUCGAAUAUAUUGACAUCAUGUGACUUAACUUCUUUUAUGUACCAAAUUGCGAAGGGAAUGGAUUAUUUAACGUCCCGUGGUAUUAUUCAUCGAGACUUGGCUGCGAGGAAUAUUCUCAUCUCUGACGAUCACACAUGCAAAGUGGCUGAUUUCGGAUUUGCUCGGGAUAUUAUAACAUCAAAGAUUUACGAAAGAAAAAGCGAGGGCAAGCUACCAAUAAGAUGGAUGGCAACUGAAUCACUGUACGAUAAUAUAUUCUCCAUCAAAUCAGACAUAUGGAGUUUUGGUAUUUUAAUGUGGGAAAUUGUCACGCUCGGAUCGACGCCUUACCCCGGUAUAUCUGCUGCCGAUGUUAUGAAAAAGGUAAGAGAUGGAUAUCGCCUGGAAAAGCCGGAGCACUGUCGUAGAGAGCUCUACAAUAUUAUGUACUAUUGCUGGUCUCAGGAUCCGCAUGAGCGUCCCUUAUUUGGGGAAAUAAUUAAUAUGCUUGACAAAUUGCUGCACACCGAAAUGGACUACAUCGAACUGGAGCGGUUCCCCGACCACAAUUACUAUAAUAUUGUUAACAUAAGUGGAGAGAAGCUGUAGUUCUUCACAAUAUAUGUACAUUUCGCGUCACCCUAAGAGCUUUAUUAUUACUAUAAGAUACCGCAGUACUCAUAAUAAAUAUAUCAAGACACUCCAUCAAGUAAAAAAUGGAACUGAUUCUAGUUUGAAAACCGUCAAAGCUCGCAAAAAUUCUAGACUCAAGACAGCUAGAGAGAGAGCUAAAAAUUACUUCCGCGGUUAGGCAACCAUUUCCAGGUAACUUAAUAUCAGUCGA